UAUUUAAGACCACCUUGGGGAGCUUACAUUUCACACAAACUUAUCAAUAGUGAAGCUAGCUAUAGCUCACCAUGGCUUCCACCACAACCAUCAAGCUUGCUCUUUUUUCUGUUCUUACACUCCUCUCAUUUCUUGCAGUUGUCUCAGUUACACCAUUGCAUUUUCAACAUCCACUUGACCCUUUAACCAAAGAAGAGUUUCUAGCUGUUCAAACCAUAGUCCAAAAUAAAUACCCCAUCUCAAAGAACAAACUAGCUUUCCACUAUAUUGGCCUAGAUGACCCUGAAAAAGAUCAUGUCUUAAGAUAUGAAACACACCCGACUCUUGUAACAAUCCCUCGUAAAAUCUUUGUUAUUGCUAUCAUCAAUAGCCAAACCCAUGAGAUAGUAAUUAAUUUAAAGGUGAGAAGCAUUCUCUCUGACAAUGUUUAUAAUGGAUAUGGUUUCCCUAUCUUAUCCAUUAAUGAUCAAGAGAUUGCCAAUGAACUUCCAUUAAAAUAUCCUCCUUUCAUUGCCUCAGUUAACAAAAGAGGAUUAAAUCUCUCUGAGGUGGUGUGUUCUAGUUUCACUAUGGGCUGGUUUGGAGAAGAGAAGAAUAUUAGAACUCUGAGGGUAGAUUGUUUUUUGAAAGAAAGUACCGCGAAUAUCUACGUGAGACCUAUUACUGGAAUCACAAUAGUUGUUGAUCUCGAUCUUAGGAAAAUAGUUGAGUAUCAUGACAGAGAUAUUGAAGCAGUACCAACCGCAGAGAACACAGAAUACCAAUUUUCAAAACAAAGCCCACCAUUUGGACCAAAACAACACAGUCUCACCAGUCAUCAACCACAAGGUCCAGGAUUCCAGAUCAAAGGCCAUAGUGUUAGUUGGGCAAACUGGAAGUUUCACAUAGGAUUUGAUGUACGAGCUGGUAUCAUUAUAUCACUUGCUUCUAUUUACGAUCUUGAAAAGCAUAAGUCCCGUCGUGUACUAUACAAAGGCUACAUUUCUGAACUUUUUGUACCUUAUCAAGACCCAACUGAAGAAUUUUACUUUAAAACCUUCUUUGACUCCGGAGAGUUUGGAUUUGGUCUCUCCACGGUGUCUCUGAUACCCAACAGAGACUGUCCACCACAUGCUCAAUUCAUUGACACAUACCUUCACUCAGCUGAUGGUACCCCAAUCUUGUUGAAGAACGCAAUUUGUGUUUUUGAACAAUACGGAAAUAUCAUGUGGCGUCACACUGAAACUGGAAUUCCUAAUGAAUCUAUCGAAGAAUCUAGAACCGAAGUGAACUUGAUCGUAAGAACCAUAGUGACGGUUGGAAACUAUGACAAUGUUAUAGAUUGGGAGUUCAAAGCAAGUGGUUCCAUCAAGCCUUCGAUAGCAUUAUCUGGUAUACUUGAAAUUAAGGGAACAAAUAUUAAGCACAAGGAUGAGAUUAAGGAAGAUCUACAUGGUAAACUUGUAUCAGCAAACAGUAUUGGAAUUUACCAUGACCAUUUCUAUAUUUACUAUCUUGAUUUUGAUAUUGAUGGUACACAAAACUCAUUUGAGAAAACAAGUUUGAAGACAGUAAGAAUCAAAGAUGGAAGUUCAAAGAGAAAGAGUUAUUGGACCACUGAAACUCAAACUGCUAAGACAGAAUCAGAUGCAAAAAUCACAAUUGGACUUGCACCUGCUGAACUUGUUGUGGUUAAUCCAAACAUUAAAACUGCUGUUGGAAACGAAGUUGGUUAUCGUUUGAUUCCAGCAAUUCCAGCUCAUCCAUUAUUAACAGAGGAUGAUUAUCCACAAAUACGUGGUGCUUUUACAAACUAUAAUGUUUGGGUGACAGCAUAUAAUAGAACUGAAAAAUGGGCGGGUGGACUUUACGUUGAUCGUAGUCGCGGUGAUGAUACUUUGGCAGUUUGGACUAAACAGAAUAGAGAGAUUGUGAACAAGGACAUAGUGAUGUGGCAUGUAGUUGGAAUUCAUCAUGUUCCAGCACAGGAAGAUUUUCCAAUAAUGCCACUAUUGAGCACUUCAUUUGAGCUGAGGCCAACCAAUUUCUUUGAGAGGAAUCCAGUUCUUAAAACACUUUCACCAAGAGAUGUUGCAUGGCCUGGUUGCUCCAAUUAAGACUAUCCAGCUUUUGUGUAUGGAACUGAUUUGCAUUGGCCUUGUGGUCAUAUGAAUAAAUGUUUGUUUGUUUUGUUUGUUGCAUGUGGAAAAAAAUGUAUCGGUCCCAACUAUUCUAGUGCUUUCAUAUCUAGAUUUUGCUAUAAUUGAUCUGCAAGCAAUAAAAUGAAUGGACUACACAGCA